AACUUGCGCCCUACUCUCAUGAUUUCAUGAUCAUGAGAUCACAAACAGUUUGAAGUACAACCACCUUUCGCUUACUGAACAGCCAUAAUAAUCUGUAGUCAUGGUUGUCUUGAGAGACGGAAUGUGUCCUGGGCUGAAUGAAGACCUAAUCCGUGAGUUGAGCGCGGCCAACAUCAAAACAGUGGAGCACCUGGUUUCAGAUGAUAUUGAAGAAAUUGCUCAGAGAUGUUCUGUGUCCUACAAGGCUCUGACCACCAUACGAAGAGUACUCCUGGCCCAGCACACAGCCUUCCCUGUCUCAGGUGCUGAUCUAUACGAAGAACUUCUGAACUCCACAUCCAUCAUCUCCACAGGAAAUCCGAGUUUAGAUAAGCUGCUGGAUUCCGGCUUGUACACCGGAGAGAUAACGGAGCUGUCAGGAAGCCCAGGAAGUGGCAAAUCCCAGGUAUGUUUCGGUGUCGCAGUCCAUGUUUCCUAUCAGCUGAAGCAGAGCGUGGUAUAUAUAGACACAAAGAGAGACUUCACGGCCAGCCGCUUGCUUCAAAUGCUGCAAGCUGAAACAAGUAAUAGUGAAGAGCAGAUGGAGGCUCUUCAGAGGAUCCAUGUCUUCCAUGUGUUUGACAUCUUCUCCUUACUUAGCUGCUUACACAAUCUCCGAUGUGGUGGGCUUCAAAAGGUAUCUGUUGGUGGUGGCUCAGUUAAAGCUGUGAUAGUGGAUUCAGUGUCCGCUAUUAUCUCUCCCAUCCUGGGAGGCAAACAAAAAGAAGGCAUGUCCUUAAUGAUGCAAGUUGCGGGAGUGCUUAAGACAGUGGCAAAGGACUUCAAUGUUGCUGCUUUGGUGAUGAACCAUGUGACGAGUGGUGCCGACGGGGAGCUGCAUGCAGGACUGGGUCAGUCAUGGAGUCACAUUCCCAGAACCAGGAUCCUGCUGGAACGCAGCAAGAGUGCCGACUCCUCCAGUUGCAGUUUGUGCACUGCUACACUCGUCAAGUCUUCCAGACAGCCUUGUCACAUCAAACAAGAGUUUGACUUGCAGUGGUGGAGUAGGACUGAAGAAGGAUCCUCGGGAAAGAGAAAACUUAAUGACUCUGAUUCCUGCUAGCACUAAGUAGAACUCUGAUCCAAGCCUUUUUUCAAAAUAUCCGUCUCUAUGGAAACCAGUGUUUUCUACAACUGUAUCACAAUUCCUUUCAUAAAAUUAUUUGCACUUUGGAUGAAACGGUUGUUAGUUACUGGCACCUAUUCUUGAUAUUUUCACUAAAAUGGUAAUGGCUUGAAACUUGCCCCAUCAUAUCUUUGAGAUGCUUGUUUCAAGCAUUUAGGGUUGCCUCUACAUCUGCUGGGGUAUUCUGGUGUGGCUGAGGUUUAAACUGGUCCAUUCUGUUGAAGGAUGUUUAUGUGACUUUUAGCUAAGAUCUGAAAGAAACAAUGAAGACUUCAAGUGCUUUUGUCUGUCGGCUCAAGGAGGGUAAGUUUGUAGAAAUUUUACUCCAAGCGUUAAAUUGGACUACACCAAAGCUUUUUAUCCCCUUGCUUGCUUAAAGGAAUGCCACUAACUAUGGAAGCUACUGCUUUUUCUGUGUCACCUUCAUAAAACUAUUUUUUCACCACCUAUACAAUGCGAAUUGGUGCAAGUGAUCCAAAAUAACUUAAACCAUUUUAUCUAUUUCAUAAUUUCAGUUUCUCCCACUAAGCCAGAGUUAUGUUCCACCAGAGUCAAAUAACUGCAUCACACUUGGUUUGGAAAGAAGAAAUUUUACCACAUCAGUUUUUUCUUUUUAAGUAACAAUGCUUAACAUAAAAAUGACUUUCAGCUACCAGUUCAUGUCUAAUCUGAUCUGUAGGGUACUGCUAUGUUAUUCCUUUGUAAAAUCUAUCUGAUAUGCUCAAGUCAUUAAGCAUUUUUUGCUUAAGCUAAAUUAUUUAUACCACGUCAAGACAAAAAGGCCUAUAUCUACAGUAAACAUUCAUUUGUACACACUGGUAUAAAUCCAUCGGUAGUUCCUUACUUAAAGAAAGACAUGUGGAUGGGUCUGAAAAUGAAAGAAAGUAGUCCAAAAAACAACCUGGACUCACUCUGUAAUUUAAACCUUGCUCCUGUACACAUUGAUCAAAAAGUACCCAAAAGGGCAUCCAGGUAGCAUAGCGGUCUAUUCCGUUGCCUACCAACAUGGGGAUGGCUGAUUUGAAUCCCUGUGUUACCUCCAGCUUGGUCAAGUGUCCCUACAGGCACAAUUGGCUGUGUCUGCGGAUGGGAAGCCGGAUGUGGGUAUGUGUCCUGGUCGCUGCACUAGCGCCUCCUCUGGUCGUUUGGUGCACCUGUUCAGGGGGGAGGGCGAAUAGCAUGAUCCUCCCAUGCGCUAUGUCCCCCUGGCGAAACUCCUGUCAGGUGAAAAGAAGCGGCUGGUAACUCCACAUGUAUCGGAGGAGGCAUGUGGUAGUCUGCAGCCCUCCCCGGAUCGGCAGAGGCGGUGAUGCAGCAACCAGGACGACUCGUAAGAGUAGGGUAACUGGCUGGAUACAAUUGGGAAGAAAAAGGGGGGAGGAAAAAAAACAAAAAAUCUUAAAUUAGCACGUAUACUUGGCCACUGUUUGUUUCAAAGUUUAUAAAAUACAUAAACUUAUUGAUGACAUCAUUGUGUAAAUGACCGACAGGACACAAGAUUUUUCAAUCCCAAAAUUGGGGAACACCAUCUCAGAGCCUAACCACACUUUGCAACGUGUCCAAACCACAAUAAUCAACCAAGUUCAUUAGGUUGAACAUGUAUUCAGAGUUCUAACUCAUGUAAACUUAUAAUGACUGCUUGACAGGUAAAUUCAGUAUAUAAAACUUGGGUUUGUGUUGUAAGGU